GAGCAAAGAUAUUACAUUGCGUGAUCGACGGUGCACGCAUCAGUAGCCCGAAGAACGGUAAACGAAAUACACGUGUUGCUUAAAGUUUUUAAUGUGUCCAAGCGAGAACCAUCGAUUUCUGAGAACAAUUUAUCAUUUCUUCACAAUGAUCUUCUAACUAUCAAUUCUUUCUUUUCUUUCUUUUUUUUUCUUCCCCCCCCCCCCGAUUAAUUCUUAUCCGAAUGACAAUUCAAAUAAUUAUUAUCAAAUGUAUCGACACAUUGAAUGUAACAAAAUAUCAGGGUUGCCGUGUAUUUUUACACAAAAUUUUUACGAAAUGUCGAAUCUUGUAAGAAAUAUUAACAUAUUUCAUUCAUAUCGAUAAUAAUAAUAAUAUACAAUAAGAAAAAAGGGUGACUUGUAGAAAAGGAAAGAAUUGUAAGAAAAAUUUGAAUGAAAUAAAAAAGAUCCGAAAGAUGAGAUCGAAUAAUUUAUUAAACGGUAGAAGUUUAUUCAUCUUGAUGAUGAUCGUGUCGGUUUUGUUUGAUCAUUGUGCGAUAGCCAAUGACGAUAAUGAAUCGAUUAUGGUCGCGACGGUGCGCGCGAAAAAAGCGCGAAUGGUGAAGAAACUUAAAAAAGAUUUUAAAAAGUUGAAGAAGCAAGAGGGGGCGAUUAAAUUGAUUGGUAGCGAGAAAGGUGAUUACGAAGGAAAUGUAGAGAUAUUGCACGAGGGUAAAUGGGGCAGUAUUUGCGACGACGAGUGGGAUUACUUGGAGGCCAAUGUGGUUUGCAGACAAUUAGGCUUCGACGGUGCAAUUAAACCAACGACCAACGGUCAUUUCGGACAAGCCAGAAGAAGAUAUUGGAUGGAUAACAUUUAUUGCGAUGGUACCGAAGAAGAACUUUCCAAAUGUCGUUUCGAUGGAUGGGGAAACUCUGAUUGCGAUAGUAACGAAGCUGCCGGUGUUAUAUGUUCUCACGAAGAAGAAAAAUUGUCACCGCCUUCCUCGUUGAAAAAGAAACAAGAAAAGUCAAGGAUCAAGGAUGUGCAUCAGCAAGGCAUGGCUUUACGAUUGACUGGUGGUCGGGGUCAUAACGAGGGUAGACUUGAAAUUAAACUUGGAAUUGCUGAUUGGGGUGUCGUGUGUGGCGACGGCUGGUCCCUAUUCGAAGCAGGGGUGGUCUGUCGUCAACUAGGACUUGGUUACGCCUCCGACGCAACACAAAGCAACUAUUUUGUUGGUGAGACUAUACCCAUGGCUAUUAGUGGUGUACGGUGUCAUGGGGACGAAAAGAAUCUGGCUGAAUGUUUAUACGAUAAAAUUCCUGAUUGUCCUGGUGUGAACGAGAAUGUGGCAGGUGUCGUGUGUUCACGAGAUAUGCCAGAUUUAAUUUUUGAUCAUAUCGAAUUAAUGAGAACGGCAUAUUUGGAGGAUCGUCAGCUUUAUUGGCUACAAUGUGCAAUGGAAGAAAAUUGUGUUGCCUCGAGUGCUUACAAAGUUCAAAAGGAAUCGUAUAAUUGGCAUUUUGAAAGCAGAAGGCUCUUGAGGUUUACCGCAAGGAUCUUGAAUGCAGGAACCGCUGACUUCCGACCAGCCGUGCCUAAACACUUAUGGGAAUGGCACAUGUGUCACAUGCAUUAUCACUCUAUGGAAGUAUUUGCUACAUUUGACAUAAUCGAUUUGAGUGGCAACAAAGUAGCCGAGGGUCACAAAGCAUCCUUUUGUUUGGAGGAUAAUCAGUGUAUUCCAGGAGUCGAACCAAGAUACAAAUGUGCUAAUUACGGUGAUCAAGGAAUCUCCGUUAAUUGUAGCGACAUAUACAAACAUAAUAUUGAUUGUCAGUGGGUGGACAUUUCUGAGUUGGAACCAGGACAAUAUACACUCAAGGUCGCCGUAAACCCGGAGUUUAAGGUCGGCGAAAUGUCAUUCGACAAUAAUGCAGCAAUUUGUCGUUUGCUUUAUACAGAAACCUUCGCAACUGUACACAGUUGCGUCAUGGGAAGACCUUGAUAUGAUUCUAACGAGUUCAAAUAAUUAUCAUUUAUUUGGAUUUUGGAUAGAACAUAGGAAAUUAUUCAUAAAAUUACUUAAACAAUGUUUUUUUCUUGUUCUCGUACACUCGCAUCUUCUUUAUAUUCUUUCUUUAUGAUUAUAGUAUAAAACAUCUUCUCUUCUUUAAUACUAUAAUCGUAGAUGAUAUUACUUGGAUUUAAAACAAAAAAAAAAAAAUGAAAUCCUAACGAUACACUUUUAAUCAUUGUAAGAAUAAAUCUAUAUAAAAUAGGACGUUAUCGCAUGGCAAACGAUCGAUCAGGUAACGUUGUUAUUCUCUCACUCUUUUUUUCUCAUAUACACACUUUAUUUAUCUAUGUCUAUCUUUCUCUCUCCCUCUCUCUCUCUCUCUCUCUCUCUCUAGCCAACUCUUUUUCUUUAUUCCUUGCACUCCGAUAAUCGGUAUACACGAUGCAUAAAGUGAACGCUAUUUUAGACUAUUAUAGGUAGCUGACGUAAAGACAUUCUUUAUUCCUCCUUAUAGUAUAUACAAUAGACUAACUAACUAAGUGAACAUUAUGAUUCGAUCAUGUGAUGCAUUUACACUGAUUACAUAUUCCUUUUUAAUUCCUUUUUACGUUUUUUUCCUUUUUUGUUUAUUAUAAUCGUUUAAUUUUUGUGAAAAUGUUUUAUGUGUUAUCUAUUGUCAGAAUGAUUCACAUAAUCCUUGAUAUAAAUGAUUGAAAAGAGAGAGAGAGAAAGAGAGAACUGGAAAGGAAGAGAAACAGACAGAGAAUGAUUUCAUUGUGGUUUCAUUUACAAAUUUACAACACGGCAUUGAAAUUGCAUUUUAACUAGGUUUUGUCAUUUCGAGGACGAACGAUCGAUCGAUCAGUUGUCUAUGAUCGAUGUAUCCUUGCAGGAAAUUAAAUGAGAGAGAAUGCGAGAGAGAGAGAAUAUGGUUCGUUAUAAUGAACAAUUGUUAUAUAACAAAUAAUAAUUAUUUAACAAGGAAGUAUAUGAUUUAUGAUCGAUAUAAUGAUACUAUAGAGAAAAUCAUAUUUUUUUUGGAUAUGAUAAUAACAUUGUAAGUAAAAGUAUUAUUUACAAAUGAAUAUUGCAAUUUUUUCUUAU